CUUUACAAUUUAAUAAUAGGUGUGUUUUUCGGUGUUUUUUUUUCUUUAAUUUAGUGAAUUAAAAUCUCUUUAGCGAAAAAUGAGCAUAGAACAGAGACGAGCAUGGAGCGGUGCCAGUCCGCAAAUGACUAAAAGAGUAUGUGCCACUAUUGUUUUCUUUGUUGGAGUUAUUUGUGUGUUUGGAGGUUAUUUGUUUGGAAGAAUGUCUCGUAGCGAAGUGAAGCGGACCAACGACAUCAUAACAUACAAUCUUACGUCUGUCGCCGACAAUUUGUACAAGAAAGCUAAAAGAAUAUCUCCAAAGGCUCUACAUCACAUUGACUUGCCUAAACUGACUUUAAAAUUUCUCGAUCUCUUCCACUGCAGCAAGAAUGAGUGCGGUGAAAUAAAUCCUCUAAAUUUACUCUCAUUUGUUCGUAACUGCAUUAACAAUGAAGUCAUCAAGCUAAUUAGGUCUAUACAGAACGCCACGGUUUAUUUAGACACGAUGAGGUGACAUUAUUGUUCUA